AGUCGUCAAACAGUGUUUUAUUUUUAUUUUCAGUUUCGCUUGUUGAAUGAAUUCCAACAGGAAACAACAAAUUACUGGAUACGCUAUCCAGACAGAUACAUAGAGGAAAUUCUGGAGAGUACUCUGAACCUGUUUUCCAUUCAUCAGAUGGGCGGCCCAGUAGGAACAUCGGCACAGUUAUCUCCCAUUCACUUCAUUGCACUCAUUGACCCCAAGGCACAAUGGUUCAUCAAGUGGAUGCAUGGCAAUUACAGUCGUCAUAGAUUGUUGAAGUUAUUAGAAAAGUAUAGACCAAUUGUUGUUAAUGCUGUGCGUCAUUGUCUGGAUUUUUCGGCCAAUCGUAAACUUCCCUUUGACCUGAUGAGUGAUUUUUCAGACACAUACUCAAAGAUUACUGUUGGAGGUGGCAGAAGAAACUAUUAUGCAGGAGCAGAGUUGGAAUAUGCUUAUUUCAUUCAUUCCGUUCAUUUACUUGGUCGAUUGCUAUGUUUUACAAAUGGUCGCAAGUUUUUCCCCAUCAAGCUAAAAGAUUCAGAAGACCCUAUAACCAUUAAGAAGUUGCUGGUCUCUUUAGUUUUGGUUGUGGUGGAUCCAAGUUCUUUUACAAUGCCUAGAGCUCAUAGUUUGUCUUAUGAACCUGCUACACUGGUGACAGAGAUUCUAAAGAUCCUGUGUAGCCAUGAGCAGACUGCUGAGAUAUGUCUGUAUAAGGACGAGAUCACCACGGCUCUUCUGUCUCCCGUAUCUCAGUUCCUCGAUGCUCAGUGUAACAAAACAGAAUCUGAAGGAGAGGAAGUUGAGCACAAUUCUCCAGGGGAGAGCACUCUGUUACAAAUAGCAGACAUCGUAUCAAUGAUAGCGUCCAGUACAAAAGGCAGGAGACAUUUGAUGUACGGAGAACGCAAGGACAUAUUCACACGUACUAAAUCUUCAGCUGCACAUAUCAUUGCUAAGUUCACAAAGAAAGCCCUGCUUGGAGAAAUUCCUCGUGAUGGAGGGACUGCUCCCUCCAAGAACGUGAUAGGGGCAUACCUUUACAUCUGUCGACAGCUGUAUAACACAUGUGAGGGGCUUCUGGUUCUGUAUCAGUAUGACCUUCAUAACGUCAUCGUCCGUGUCUGGAAAGAGGCUUUCAGAGAAUCAGAGAGAACGGUGACCCCAACUCCUUCAGAAAACAGCUCCAGUGAUUCAGACUCUGUUGUCACAGCCAGACAUGGCAAUCUGGACAUAACUGCCUGGGAAGAUACCCUGAGAGACAACUUGCUGAAUUUUGCCAGUUCUGCCAAAGGGCUUCUCUUGUUACAACAGACGGGGGCCAUGAAUGAGUGUAUGUCUUAUAUGUACGCUAGAUAUGAGAAGAAACUUCAGGUUAGUAAGUGUGAGAAGUUUGGUUACGGAUACAUGGUGACCCAGGUGGCUGCCACCGCCCCAGGAAUGAUAGCCCUACAGAAAACAGGUUACAUCAAGUCACUGAUAUCAGAGAUGUGGUCAGUUCUGGAGUGUGGGGCCUCUGACACUCCUCUGUUUACCCCCAAAAUCUGGUCAGUGGACACCAUAGACAGAUCCUCCCACAAGCAUUUGAUCAGACUGCUGAAUGUUUUGUCAGCAUUCCCUGCUGUGUAUGAAGUUCUGGCCCACAAACCUCUUCCCUCCAAACCAGAGUAUGGAUUUAGGGAAAUUCCUACAACCAUAGUAGACUUUGUGGAUCGUCUUAUUAUGGUAGAUUCUGAGGCAAAAAUCCAUUCCUUGUUCAAUUUUGAACAGAGUCACACUUUUGGAUUGAGAGUACUGAGUGUGAUGAUAUGCUGUCUUGAUACCUUCCUGUUGCUGCAGUCCCAGUACAACUUCCAGGAAGUCUUACUUUCUGCACAGGAAGACAACCAUUAUCCCAAAGAAAAUAUAAUUCUGGACCUACUGUCUGUGGAGAGGAAUCACAUUUUGGUGAGAUCUUACCUGAUAGGGGGACCCUCUGAGAGAAUCCUGCCGCCCAGAACCAUUGACGAGAAUAAGAAGAGUGGUGUGUUUUCAUUCCCACUGUUUUCAUCCUAUCCAGUUCCAAGAGAAUAUGUCCCCAGUAUUGGGGGAAGAUCUACAGUCAAACAAGAGUCUGAUGUGAAGAGAAAAGUUCUGGGUUUAUUUACAAGUUCAGACAAUGACCUGGCUAAAUUCCUGUCUGCAAAGAAACCAGAAAAAGGCCAAGCCUGGUUAGACAAAUGUAAAACGCUCUUCUCUAAAAUGCUGAUAUCCAAACCAGACAUGCUGAAAGGAAAUUUGUUACAGCAGUUACUAGAGGUGGGAGUUCCAAUUAUGUCCAAGAUUCAGGAUGUCUUUCCAUUACUGGAAUAUACAGGUACAGACAGUGCUUUAAAAGGUCUAAAACUAUCACCACUUCAGAAGAAUGGCAUCAAAAUGGCUAUAAGGUAUGGCCUUCACCUGAAGGUGAUACACAAUGAUGUAACAGAUCGGUUAGCUCAGCUUCUGAGGCAGUGUUCCUACUACCUCAAACAACAGCAGAAAGGGGUCGAUUCCUCUAUAGAGUACCUCCACUCGGUCUAUGGAGGCUUUGACUGGUUCGCUGCCACAAUCUUUCUGAUGUUUGGGGGUAACCUGGAGAAGUCCUGGAACUUCCUCCAUAAGUUCUCUACCUUAGGCUGCUCUGGCUAUCUCUGGAUCCCCAGGCUUCACUGCUCUGUUCACUUGCCCUCUGACCUGAUGUGUAGUGGAAUUUCCCCACUGUUUUCCAGCACAGGUCACAACAUUGAACUAAUUCUCCAGAUAGAACUUCCUCUUGUAGCCUCCGCAUUUAAAAUGUCAGGAUUUACUCCAGCACAGAUCUGUUUUCAUUGGCUGAAGCAGUGUUUUUGGAACUACCUGGACUGGAAUGAGAUUUGUCAGUAUGUCUGUCUGUGUGUCGUGAUGGGGAUCGACUACCAGGUGUAUCUGUGCUGUGCCAUCCUCAAACACCUACAGAAAAACAUCAUGGAACACAUGCAAACACAAGAGCUCAUCAUUUAUCUCAAGGAGAAUGCCAUCACAGGAUUCCACGCAUCAAAUUACAUGACCUAUAUGAUUGGAUUGGAGAAAAAAUACAGAGACACAAUAUUCAGGGACAUGCUAAAUAUUACCAGACCAUGACAAGACAAUGCCAAAUAAAAAAGACUUGUUGGCUUUAGUUGACAACUGAGACCUGAAAAUGUGCUGUUUUCAGAAAGUGUUGAUGAACUAGUACAAUAAAUUUUUGUAGAAACAUCAUCAAGUUGGCAUAUUGUUUAUAUCUCUGAGAACGUCUGCUUUAAAAUUUGUUAAUGAUUUAUAUUUAUUUAUUACAAUUUCCAAGUUAAUUCCAAUCAGAAUUCCAUUUUGUUCUCAUUUCAUGUCAGGUUCAUAUUUUUUUAAGGUUAUUAUGCUAAUGAUUCAUCUGGGGAGCAUUUUGGUAUACAUGUAUGUUCCACCAUAUAACAUUGUUUGUGAUAUUGAUUGUGUUGUGAUUGCCUAUUUUAUUUAGAAAUCUGCAGCUUAUUUUUACUUUUCACUCAUU